AUGGCGGCCCCCAUGUCCCAAUCCCAAGAUGGCCGCCCCUGGUCCAAGAUGGCCGCCGUGCCGUGCCCGAGCUUGAAGGGCGACGACCUGCAGAGCAUCAAGAAGGAGCUGGGGCAGAUCAAGGCCAAGGUGGACGCGCUGCUGGAGAGCCUCGAGCGGCUGGAGCGCGAGCAGAAGGCCAAGGGCGACAAGGCGGAGGAGGAGCCGGGCGCCUCGGGCUCCAAGAAGGACGAGGCCGGCGGCGCCAAGGCCGAGGGCGGCCACGAGGACUCGGCCGAGGAGGGCGACCUGCUGGACGACGACGAGGCCGAGGAGAGGGGGGAUGAACAGCCGGAGUCGCUCAAGGGGACCAGUAUGGACCAGUAUGGACCAGUAUGGACCAGUAUGGACUGUAUGGGCCAGAGCGAGAGCGGGGACGGAACACGGGGACCCAGGAACGAGAAGGUCUGUGGGACCAGUAUAAACCAGUACGGACCAGUACGGACUGACACAAACCAGUAUGGACCG